ACCGCAUACCACUCCAAACCACCACCUCUCAGGACAUACCUCUCUUCCUCCUCCACCUCGACCACACAUAAAACCCAUACCCAACAAAUCAACAUGCCAAACAACGCCUUCUCCUCCUCCCAAGAUACCGGCGUCACCGGGGCCGCCAAAUUCGUCACCUCCACGCUCGGCAACACGGUCGGCGGCGUCUCCCGCACCGUUGGCGGAGUCACGGGCGCAGCGACCCGCGGGACUGGGGACACCGUUACCGGGGCCACAGGCAGCGCGGGCAAGCCCGUCGGCGAUGCACUCGGGAGCCUCGGGACUGGGGUAGAAGAUGGAGCGAAGAGGGUUGCUAGGGGUGUGGAAGACGCCGGACAGUGGCGGUGAUUUCGCUCUAGGGUUUGUGGAUAAUGAUGUCCGAAGGGCGCGUAUAUUUGUAUGGAAGCAAUUGGGACCAUUGGAUACCGGGGCUGGAGGCUUUUUGUUCAUUGAUUGUUUUUCCUGUCUCAUGUUGUUAUGACUUCUGCGUUCUAUACUCUGGGUGCGUUAUGAAUUUACGGCUUCAAUGACGGACUGUUUCUCAUCGUAUCGAUCAAUAGUAGGGGUUCGAUAACCCCAAGGUCAACAACAGUCAUAGAACGCUUUCCACUAGAGCAAGGAAACAUGAAUUAAUGAUGGACCAACCGGAAUCUAAAGCAUUUUUAAUGGGAAAAAAAGAAAUGCUCACACUCGGAUUCGAACCGAGGAUCUCAUGAUUACUAGUCAUGCGCUUUACCAACUAAGCCAUGCGAGCGAUUG